CGACGCGGCAGCGGAAGCGGGAAGUUUUUCGACACUUUGUUGCUCGGAGACAGUUUUUCGCGCUGUAGUUUGCAUGUCUGCAGCUCAUUUAAGUAGUUUCCUAGCUGGAGAGUGUGCUAAAAAUGAAUAGUAACAUUUUAAACAGCCUCCUUGAUAGGACUGUCACAUACAGUCGGUUUUUACUGCGCUGAGAGAUGAAGAGCAGAAAACUGAAGCCUGUGAAACCUGGAAGCUGCAAAAAGAAAGUUUCCAGUGAUGUGUCCCCAUCGACGAGCCUUCCCCCUCUUGUUGAGGGCCAGCUGAGAUGCUUCUUGUGUGUGACGAUAAGCCGGAUGUUAUGGACGGUCCAAAAGGUUCCCUCUCCGACAUUCGUUCGGUUGCGUUGGUGGGGAGAGUCAUCUGACGGGACGCACUUUUUCCCAAGAGAUGGAUCUCAGCUUUCACAGAAAAAUAUUAAGACCACCUCUUAUUUUCCUGUCCGCUGUGGCCCAAAGCAGUUAACCUCAUAUCUCACAGAUAUGGGCUCUUUGAUGCUGGAAGUCCUAACAAAGUCAGAUCAUUUACCAGUCGCUCGGGCUCAAGUGCCUGGUAUCUCCCAUCUGUCUCUGUCACAACCAGUGAGUGGAUUUUACACUCUUGUGUCACCGACAUCUGAAAAGCUGGGAGAGCUGCAGGUUUCCCUGAGUCUGGAGCCUCUCAUGGAAGCCUAUGAAAACAGUAGCUCAGGACCUACUGCAAACACCAGCAUUGAUGGCCUGCAGCACAGAUCCAAGUCAGCUGGCAGUGGAAAAGAAUCAGCUGGAAGCAGUGGGGGAAACACGCCAAGGGGAAAAGAUCACCUAUAUUUCCAAAAUAUCCAGAAACACACAGAGGAGAAUUUGACGCCUGCAUUAAACAAACCGCAAACUGAAACUGUUGGGAUCUCCUCUAAUCAAGAGCCUUCUCACGAGCAAAGAAGCUCUGAUAUCAUCUCAGUCGUUUUAGAGCGUGGAAACAAGCUUAGAAAUGCAAUGGCGAUGUCAGCUUUGAACUGUGAUGUGGACUCUUCCACAGCUCUCACUGAUACUCCUUUACCUUUACUGAAGGACAACACAGGGAUGUCAAACAAGUUGUCUCCUUCUACUUCUGCUGCGUUACUUCAGGAUAUCCUGCACAUGGAUUCAGCUCAGAAGGCCACUGAUGAAGCCACUGAGUGUGGCUUGAGCUGUCCGACAGACAUAGACAAAAGAGUAGUAGAUCUCCUCCUUGGCAGCUCCAUCACAUCUCCUCUGCCUUUGUUGGAUUUCCAAGGUUCCUCUCCUGAAUCUCUCUCCGCCCACAGCAGCGUUUGUGAGGAAAACAAUCCCCUUUAUGACCAGAGCCUGCUAGAAAAUUUAUUCUACAAAGUUCCUAACUCAGAUACCACACUAGAUGAUAAUGAGGAGGAGAGUCAUGGAAGAAAUGUAUCUAAAAAUCACAGAAAGCAUCUGGAACAGAUUGGACCGGAAAACACAAGCGGUCCAAAUGCAGGGCAUCGUCAGUCUUCAGGUCUUGCUGGAGUUCAUCCUUCCCUCAAUGAGGAGCGGUCAUCUCUGCUAAGUUCAAUGCGACUGGUGAGAGUCUCUGUAGAUUCCCUGACUGUUGGUGCCUCAAACGCCUCACCAAGAAAGAUCCUUCAUAAAGGCAAACCUCCUCGACCAUUAACCUCCAAGAAGUGCACUUAUUUUGUUGAAUACGUCUUUCCAACAACUUCCAUGUCCAAUCAGGACAAUCGCAGUAAAGCAAGAGAUGUAGAAGUGACCAGAGCUGCUUCCAGUAAUGUGAAAGGAGGAGCUGUAAAGUUCCAGCAGAUCUCUGUGUUUCCGGUCCACUUUGAUCCAGUGACACUUAAACUUUGGAAGGAAACAGAACUGAAGUUCAGAAUUUAUUCUCGAAACUACAACCAGAAGAAACCUGUUGCUGUUGGCGAGGCAGUUUAUCCAAUGCGAAACCUGCUUCAGAGCAGCCAGCUCAGGCACUCUGUUGUUUUGCCAGUGCAAAGCAUGCAGGGAAAUGUAGGAAACCAAGAGAUUUCACAUCUGAAGGUGUCGCUAGAACUUGGAAGACACAGUAGAGACUUCUUGUCAGAGAAGAAGAAAAACCUGUCUUGGACAGACACAUCAAAACUUUCUCCCAGCCCUGUUAGAAAAAAUCCAUCUCAAAAUGAAGAAACCAACAAGAAGGCAUCCUCACCACGAUUUUUAGAAGUCUCCAGGUUCAACGAACAGACUUCUCCUCAGAAGCCACCCAAAGAAACCAGCUCUCAUCCUGGAGUUCAAACAUCUCCUCCUGAACUGUGGCUGCAGGAAGAGGAGCCCAUGGUCCUGCUGCACACUUUACUCAUGGUUCCAGAUGGAAAGAACUUCAGCUGUGGAACUCUGCAAACUCCAAACUUUUACUUAAACUGCAAGCUGUUCUGGUGCGAUGAGACUGCACGUUCAGUCGUCAGCUGGAGUCAGACAAACCCAAAGUUCAACUUUGCUCAGGUGACACCUGUGACCUUAACACCCAAACUCUUGGAAAGGAUGAAAAACAAUGUGAUGGUGAUUGAAGUUUGGCAGAAAGUAGGAAGCUCUGUGGAGGACCAGCUUCUUGGCCUCGUCAAACUACCUCUGCAUCAGUUUUACAUGUCAUUCAGGGACCCCACAAUCACCCAGCUGCUGCUGCAGGCUCAGUUCCCUGUCUUGGGAGUGGACUGCUACAUGCCCGUCAUCGAUGUGUUCUCUGGUAGCUGCAAAGGAAACCUCAGGGUUGUUUUGGCAAUGGGUCGCUCAGAACAGAUCGUUUCCCUCCAGAGAGCCAGAGAUGAAGAGAACGGCUCUUUGUCGCACCUCACGAGGCCGGUUCAUCUACUCGACCUGCAGCCACAUUCACACUCAAAGGUAAAAACUGCACCAAUGGAAAUCCUGAGGGAGCAUGUGUUUGUGAUACGAGUGGAGAAGGUGAGCGGGCUGACGCCUGUGCAGUCCACUGUGUGGGGUGAGGCUGACUGCUAUAUCCAGUACACUUUUCCUCAUCAGAAGGGUCUUCCUUCCAAUCUGGACCAAAGUCUCAUAGAAAGCAGUGUAGACCUGAAGCCGUUUCGCACAACCACUACCCUCUGCAUACCAGACCCGGUGUUUGGUCACACAGAGACUCACGUUCUUUUGGCUCCGGAGGCGGUGCCUGUUCAGAAGCUGCUGCUCAGCUCUUUGUCAAGUCAAAGCUUGAAUCGCGGAGGAGGAAUCCAGUUUGAAGUGUGGUGCAGGGCACGUGGAAUGCUGCCGCUCUCCAAACUCUGCGCCAUGGUCACCAUGCAGAAGCAGCAUCCUGACGAGCCUCAGAUGUUCUCCCUGCCUCUGAUUCCCAGGACAGGAGGCUCCUCAGCGUUUCCUUCCCAGUCUUCAGGACUGUUAGAUGUGUGCGUUCACUACAAGCACAGACCUUUGAGGUCUAGGGGACGCGCUGGAAGAGGAGCUCCCUCUCAAAGUGUGAUGCUGGUGGUUAAAGUUUACAGAGCGUGCGGUCUAAAAGCUGCAGCGAGGCUGAUAUCGGAACAAGAUGACUGCUUCUCUCACUUCAUCACAACUGGGAUGAACCCUUUUGUCUCUCUCCAGCUUUCCUUCCUGCCUGAGAGUGAAACGCAGUGUUCUCACUCUGCAUCUAGAACUUUCUGCCCUGAGUUUGACCUCCACAUGGAGGCGCCCUGUGAUCUGCUGCUUCACAUGAGCGGAGGAGAAACCUGCAGCCUGGCGGAACAUCUGGAAGAGGCGACCGCUGUCUUCACUGUCUGGAACCGGGACAACUCUAAAGUGAAUUCUCCUGCUUCCAAAGACGUGAUGUUGGGAACAGUGAAGAUACCGCUAGUGGAUCUAAUUCAUAAAAGAACUGGCAUUUCUGGCUGGUUUGGAUUGUAUCAAACACUUGAAAGAAGUCCUUCUCAGCACCAGAACAUCUUGGUUGGAGGUCUGCAGAUCUCUAUCAGCUUUGCUCACCACUCGGACAGGGAACGGGUCGUAAAAGCUGCUCUGGGUUUGGGCUGGGAAAUUCCUCACCAUGUUGUGCAAGACGAUCAAGAAUCCUGGGAAGAAACGAGACCGUUUUUUCUGACUUUUUUAUUUCCUAAAGCGUGGAUUCCUGUCCAAUGUUUGCUUCUGCCUGGCCUGGGCGAGCUGCAGCGCUCCACCUAUUGCUACUUUAGAUACAAGUUCUAUGACCAGGAAGCGUUCUGCUCUGAACUAAAACACCCGCAUGUUGAGGAGGACGAGGAGGUCCCGGCCACAGUGCUGUUUGAAGGAGGCAGAACUGUGGAGCUGCAGUUCACUCAGCCUUUGCUGUGGUAUCUGCGAGAGGAGAAGCUGGAGGUGCAGGUGUGGGUCACAUUCACUAAGGACAAAAGCAGGAGGCCCAGUGACCUGGACCGCCUGGUGGGCUCAGCGUUUGUGGAUCUUUCUUCUCUUACUAAAUCUCUCAAGGAGAAGCAGACUCUCAGUGGAGUGUAUCCGCUCUUCGUGCGGUCUGCAGCGGAUUUACAAGGUGCAGCUCUGAGGGUGCACAUCACACUGGCAGCAGGUUCUGCUCCUGCUGAGGAGGACGCUCACAUUGACUCUGAGAGCCAGGAGGAGCUCAUCUUAGAGGAGGAGGAGGAACCAGACCAAGAGCCCUCCCCAAGGUCACCCAGAAGGCCACUCACACAAAAGGGGCACAAGAAUAAGUCCUUCAGAACAACUCCAGACAUCACGUCUGGACAGCACACAGAAACGAGCAUUGAAGACUCUUUUCCUGUGACUGUGUCUGUGGACCGGGCCAUGCACCUCAACCUGAAGGGUUGUCCACUGGCGGAGAAAACUGAAGGGACUCCUUGCUGCUGUGUUUCCUACAUCACUGCAGACUCAGCUGAGCCGGUGACCACAGCUGUUGUAGCCAACGCAGACAGUCCUGUGUGGGAUCACCAGCAUGAGUGCAGGCUCGCCAAUGAUCUACUGACUGAUCCUCAGCAGUCUCUUGUGUUCAAAGUGUGGCACAAAGGAGAAAUGGAGAGGGUGAUUGGCUUUGCCUCUGUAGACCUGUCCCCUCUCCUCUGUGGUUUCCCGUCGGUGUGUGGCUGGUACAACAUCACAGACUUCAGCGGUCAGUGUCACGGUCAGCUCAAAGUGUCCAUCACUCCUCUGAGGGGAGUUCAGGAGCUGCGUGCGCAGAGGAGAACUGCGGAAGAAGAAGCUAGCAAAAAAUCACCCACUUUGUUUCAUACCGUUCCUCUGAGCUACCAAACCACAGCAGUGUACAGCAGCUUUCCAUCUCAUAUCAGCAGAUAUCCAGAGCAGAAGAUCUCUUCCCCCAAACACACCAACCAUCUGUUCUCUGAAAGAGUCAGUGAGAGUGAUCGCCAUCACGAGCACAUGGAUAAGGUGCGACUCUAUCAUCAGAGUCUGCAGGAACAAACAUCUCAGUCCAUUUACAGCAGCUCAGCCAGUGACCCAAAUCCCUCCAGCUCGCUCCUUUUCUCAACUCUGAGGAAAAAGCUGAGUGAGCUGGACAACAUCCAGAGGUACUUCAACCGUAAGCUCUCCACUCCGACAUUCCCAUCCACGGCUGAACAGGAGGAUCCAGACCAACCGGAGGAGCAAAAAGAUCUGGAGGCCGACACAAGUCAGCUUCUUCACAAGUCUAACCAGUUGCUUGGAGAAGUUAGUAGCAUCAUCAGUGGUCUCGGAGGACGCCACCUGGAAACCAUUAAUUUCAACACACAGGGCCACUCAGGCAGCUUAGGUGUGGACAUGGGCGUGGAAAGUUCAGGCCCUCCAGUUAUCCCUGAAAGCAUCAGCAGUCCCACGAGGAUCACUGAUGAUCCGCUGGACAUGAUGUCUCCUUCACAGUCACUGCCAAUGUCUGAAGACAACAGCGACUCAGAGCCUGAGGAAGAACUAAACAGACGAAACACUGAGCUUUGCAUGUCUGAAGAGGAGCAUGAAGAGGAGGCGAGGCUAAUGCACGAUGAGGAAAUUGAUGAUGAAGAGGAAGAUUUUGAGGAGGUCGUGGUGAAGCCGAGACCGCUCAAUGAAGUGACCUCAGUAACAGACAAAACCAGCCCUUGGACCAGCAUCCUGUCAGACCCGGACCUAGUUUCUGUAGAGAGCUUUGAGACGCCGCAGAGGUCAGAUGUCAGUGAGGAUGAGGAUGAAGAGAGUCAAGCAGCAGCUCCUGGCUCCAGUGGGAAACAGGAGGAGAGUGACCGCUCUUCAGACCCCUCAGAGAGGGGUCACGAGAGGUCACCAGCAUUUGAGACAGAGGACGGCCUCCACAAGAACCACACGAACUCUGUACCCCACACAUCUGCUCAGAGAUCUUCUGACACUCCACAGCAGGAGGAUUCACCACUUCAACCCUCCGUCCCGUUGGAGAUCCCAAACUUUUUCCUUCCCUCUCACCAGCUGGAGGCUUCGCUCAGAACUAUCCAGUUAGCUCCAACCUUCUCUCAGCCGACCACCAACCAAGAGCGGAGCUCAGCAGCUCGCCGCAGAGGUCCACGCCAGCGGCCCGACAUGUCCCCUUCAUCCAUGAAGAAGGAGACGGAGAGGAUAGCAAAGAUAUUUGCAGCUCACUUUGAGUCUAGGUAGCUCUGUUCCCUUAAAACUAGUGGGACUCCAGAACAUAAUCAUGUACAUUUGAUGUAAUGUGUGUAAAUAUUGACAAUUUUCUUUACUGGUAAUAAAAUAUCAAUUGUGUAUACAUUAAAA